GUACACGGGAAAACGAUAAAACGGGUUCGUUUUCGGGCGCGCGGCGACGCUCCUCCCGCUUUCCUCGCGCAAUUCAUCGAACACCGCAAACCGCCAUGGCAGCAGCAGCCGCCGACGAGGCCAAGCUCGAAUCCUUCCUCCAAUGGCUGCAGGCCAACGGCGCCGACCUCCGCGGCUGCACGAUCCGCGCGUGCGGCGCCGGCAAGGGCUUCGGCGUCUUCUCCACGGCCGCCCCGGAGCCGGGCGCCAGAGAUGGGGUGGUUUUGGUGGUGCCGCUCGACCUCGCCAUCACGCCGAUGCGGGUGCUGCAGGACCAGCUCGUCGGCCCGCGGUGCCGCGCGCUCUACGAGGAGGGAGGCGUCGACGACCGCCUCCUCGUCAUGCUCUUCCUCAUGGCCGAGCGGCGGCGCCCUGGCUCGCUCUGGAAGCCGUAUUUGGAUAUGCUUCCAACCACCUUCGGGAGCUCCCUUUGGUUCAGCGAGGAGGAGCUUGCCGAACUGGAAGGGACGACUCUGUACCGGGCUACGGUGAUUCAGAGGAAGUCAAUGCAGUCCUUAUUUGAUGAGAAGGUUAAAGGUCUCGUUGAGGAGCUUUUACAUGUCGAUGAUUCAGCAAGCUCAACUGAGGUGGUGUUUGAGGACUUCCUUUGGGCAAACUCAAUCUUCUGGACUCGAGCACUGAACAUACCGUUGCCUCGUUCUUAUGUUUUUCCUGGUUUAUGUGGCGAUCAGCACACCAGAACCGACGAUGAUGUUUGUGAUUCUGGUCUCCCCGCCCACCAGGAAACUGACGUCACAGCUAAGGAUAGUACUGCUGAUGAAAAUUCUAGAUCAAGUAACACGGAGUCGAUUUGGGUUGAGGGCCUUGUUCCAGGAAUUGAUUUCUGCAAUCAUAUAGAUGUAAAGGCACUGGCAACAUGGGAAGUUGAUUCUGUGGGAAAUGCUACCGGAGUUCCUGCUUCAAUGUACCUUAUGCUUGCUGACAAAAGUUCUGUUGAGGCUGGAGCAGAGAUCUACAUAAAUUAUGGCAACAAAGGAAAUGAGGAACUACUGUACCUUUAUGGAUUUGUGAUUGACAACAACCCUGAUGAUUAUCUCAUGGUUCAUUAUCCUGUGGAAGCUCUUAGACAGAUCCAGUCUGCUGAUAUUAAGAUGAGACUACUAGAGAUACUGAAGGGUGCAUUGAGAUGUCUCCUACCCAGAAGUUUGCUUGAUAAUGGAUUUUUUGGUAUUCGUUCCAAUGAAGAUAAGGAUAACAAGAAAAAUAUUAGUCCUAUUUCUAGUUAUAGUUGGAGCGGUCAACGCAAAGUUCCAUCAUAUCUCCACAAAAUUGUUUUCUCUCAGGAUUUUAUGAGUACUCUACGUACGAUUGCCAUGCAAGAUCAUGAGCUUGAACAGGUCGCUUCUUUACUUGGAGAGGUUGGAUCUAGUGAAGAUAGAGAACCAUCUGAUGCAGAGAUCCAAAGUGCUGUUUGGGAGGUGUGUGGUGAUCAAGGGGCACUGGGUUUGCUUGUGGAUCUUCUUAGGGUUAAAAUGGCUGAACUUGAAGAGGGCUCUGGUACAGAAGCAUCUGACACGCAACUGCUUGAGGAGUUCGAUUCCAUUCAUUCAGAAGACUACGCGAGUGGAAAGGAUGAGAAUAGCAAAAGGAAGUUGAAAAUAAAUAAUCGUUCAUGUAUAGUGUACCGAAGAGGGCAAAAGCAGUUAACAAGGUUGUUCCUGAGGGAGGCAGAGUAUCUUCUGGAGCUUUCUGCAAAUGAGCAGACCUAAGAAACCUAUCUGUACAAAUUUAGAGUUGUUGAAGAUAAUGCCCCGUUUUGCAGCAGUUUAGAAUUGCAGAGUUGUCAAGCUGAUGCUGGUAUCCGCACUUGAUGGAGUAUGGCCAAAAGAAGCACCUGGCUGUAGUAAUAGUUUGAUGGGGUCUGACGACCUUCUCUGAGCGCGGGAGAGAGCUAUCAGGCGGCAAAUUUGCGUUAGCUCCAGGCCUCCACCAUAUAUCUUUUCCGGCAACACAUCAUAAUUCAUAGGGGUUUUAUUAUUUAUUUACCUCUACUGAGGACGAUGCUUGCAUUGCGUUGGAGUUGGUUUAUUCUUUAUCGUAUCAGGGUAGCAUAUUAACACUUACGGAGUACCAUAUUACCAUCUUCGUUUGUACUGUACUAAGUACACUUCAUUUUAGAGGAGGAUGCACAAUUGGUGUCAGUCCUUCAGUUUGAUCCCACCCACUCAUGGUGCAGAAGGGGCA